CUGCUCCCUCCAUCGAUGAUGGUAGGCCCCGCCGCUUUGAGUGCAAGGAUCCGACGACUCAACGCCGAAUGAAGCAUCCGGGAACCUUCGCCACUCUUUCGGCAUUGGCAGCCAUAAUUUUGAUUUGAUGGCUUUGAUUCUUCCAAUCACUUCUCCAAUUCUUCUCCUUUCCGACCCAGAGGACGAGUGAUUCCUAAUCGAUGGCGGAAAGCAGGAGUUACAGGCCUCAGGAUUCGUGUUCAGAGAAAUCUUGGGGUUCAGAGAUGUCUCUUCUGCAAAGCAGAGAAAGAAAUUCUAGUUCAACAAGUGUCCAAAAAGGACUUGGUUGGUUUAGAAACAAUACUCUCUUUAAAUAUAUGACAAAUUCAUCUGUGGAGAAGCCUUCCAAAACAAAAAUUCUAGAUCCUCAAGGACAAUUUCUCCAGAGGUGGAAUAAAAUAUUUGUCAUAACUUGUGUGAUAGCAGUGUCUGUAGACCCCUUCUUCUUCUACAUCCCAGUUAUUAAAGAUGGCAAUAAUUGCCUUUAUUUACAUAAGAAGAUAAAGAUCACUGCGAGUAUACUGCGAUCUUUCGUAGAUAGUUUCUACUUACUCCGUAUCUUAUUUCAAUUUCGAACUGGAUUCAUCGCUCCUUCAUCUAGAAUAUUUGGACGAGGUGUUUUAGUUGAAGAUUUGUUUGCUAUUGCCAAGAGAUAUUUAUCAUCAUAUUUCAUAAUCGACAUUCUUUCAGUUCUUCCGCUUCCUCAGAUGAUGAUCCUGAUCAUAAUGCCCAAGCUUGAAGGAAUAGAACUCCUGAAUGCCACACAUGCAUUAAUGCGUAUAGUUGUAUUACAAUAUAUUCCACGACUUCUUAGGAUCAGGCCAUUGUAUCUUGAAUUCACUAGGUCUGCUGGUAUAAUUACAGAGACAGCAUGGGCUGGAGCUGCUUUUAACCUUUUCCUUUAUAUGCUUGCAAGCCAUGUCCUGGGAGCUUCAUGGUAUUUGCUUUCUAUUGAACGUGAAGAUGCAUGUUGGAGAAAAGCUUGUGGCCGUAAUAAUGGUUGUGAAAUUGAUUCUUUAGUCUGCAGGCAACGGAACACCCAGAGCAAUAAUUUUUUGGCAACUGAUUGCCCUAUUAACAGUAUUCAAAAUCCCCCUCCCUUUGACUUUGGAAUAUAUCUACCAGCUCUCAACAAUGUUGCUCAAUCAGAGAAAUUCUUGGAAAAGUUCUUUUAUUGCUUUUGGUGGGGACUUCAAAAUUUAAGUUCUCUUGGACAAAACCUCAAGACAAGCACUUUCAUAUGGGAGAAUUUGUUUGCAAUUUUUGUUUCCACCUCGGGUUUGGUUCUGUUUGCACUUCUGAUAGGAAACAUGCAGACGUAUUUGCAAUCUACCACUUUGAGAAUAGAAGAGAUGAGACUGAAAAGGAGAGAUGCAGAACAAUGGAUGUCACAUCGGUUGCUUCCUGAGAAUCUAAGAGAGCGAAUACGCCGUCAUGAGCAAUACAAAUGGCAAGAAACAAGAGGGGUAGAUGAAGAGUGCCUUAUUUACAACCUUCCUAAAGACCUUCGAAGAGAUAUAAAGCGCCACCUCUGCAUAGCACUUCUCAAGCGGGUUCCAAUGUUUGAGAUAAUGGACGAUCAACUGAUGGACGCCAUGUCAGCCCGCCUCAAACCAGUUCUCUUCACUGAAAACAGUUGCAUUGUCCGCGAAGGAGACCCAGUCAAUGAAAUGCUAUUCGUCAUGCGUGGAAAGCUAGAGAGCACAACCACAAAUGGCGGGAGAACUGGCUUCUUCAAUUCAGACAUCCUCAAGGCCGGAGACUUUUGUGGAGAUGAGCUUCUCACCUGGGCUCUCGACCCCAACAUCCACACCAGCCUCCCAAUAUCCACCAGGACAGUAAAAACGCUCACUGAUGUCGAAGCCUUUGCCCUGUUAGCCGACGAUCUGAAAUUUGUUGCUUCCCAAUUCAGAAGGCUACACAGCAAGAAGCUGCAGCAUACGUUUAAAUUCCAUUCACAGCAGUGGAGGACAUGGGCUGCUUGUUUCAUACAGGUAGCUUGGCGCAGAUACGCAAAAAAGAAGCUCGAGGACGCUCUACAUGAAAAGGAGAAGUUGCUGCAAUCAGUAAUGGUGAGUGAUGGUGCUUACUCAUCAAGUCUUGGUGCUGCAUUAUACGCUUCGAGGUUUGCUGCCAACAUGCUGCGGGGAUUGCGACGAAAUACGAGUAAAGCUCGUCCCAUGAUGUUUAUUCCAAAGCCAGCGGAGCCAGAUUUUUCUGUGGAAGAACAUUAGCGCCUAGUCUUGAAUUCCACUCUUCUGCCAAGUAGUUUGAUAGCAUAUUUUGGGUAUAUUUUGAAGAGUGUAGCAAAUUAUGCUGUAUAUAAUUAUUUGAAUAGGCCAGUGUAAGAUAGUUAAUUCCAUUGUGUGGUGAAGUAUAUGUACAGGUAGUUAGCUGUUAAUGCCAACUCGAACGAUAGAAGAUAAGAAAUGCAAGUGUAGGUGUGGGGUUCUCUUGUAAGUAGUGUUUUGUUUGGCUUCUUUUAGAUACAUUUCUGAAACUACUGCAGAAUCAGGAUUUUGUGAAACUGCUUGUUUUAGAUUAUCUAUGAUCGAUAUGUCUCAAA